AUGUUCAAGUUGGUGGUAUUGCUUUCCGUGGCGGCGAUGGCGGCGGCCAAGCCCGGCGUGGUGGCACCGGUGGUAUACAGCUCCGUAGUACCUGCCUCCAGUUCAGUAUCGGAAUACAGCACCAGCAUAGUUCACGGUUCACCUGCCCUAUACAGAGCCCCAGCUGUUGUCAGCGCUCCCGUCGUUCUCAAUGCCCCCGUGUACAGCGCCCGUGCUGUCGUACCUGCCGUAGCUGCUUUGUCGCAGGCUCCUUACCAGCCCGCCAUCGUCUUGGACGCUGUAAAUGGUGUGCCUCUCGAUACACCUGAAGUAGUAGCCGCUCGUGCUGCCCACUACAGAGCCAAGGCCCUGGGACCUUUCCACCGCCUGCGCAAGCGUUCCAUUGGCGUUGCACCAUUGUCUUACGGCGCGGUCGUGUCUCCCAUUUCUUACUCCAGGCCCUUGGUGUCCAACUACCCCGUAGGACCCGUGGCUCUUUCCGCUCCUUUAGGUUAUUCUUCUGUAUACCCCAGGGCCUACAGCUGGCACCCGUACUAA